AUGGAAGUGUAUAACGAGUUCCUCGAUCCAUCGAGAAUAACGAGCUGCGUUGGUUGCAACUUUAUAUCUGCAAAGGCGAAGAAUCUAAUCGUCGCCAAGGGCUCGCUUCUUCAAGUCUUUGAUGUGGUGCAGCUCAAGCUGUCGACUGUCAACAAGCCCCAGUUUCGGUUACAUCUCGUACGGCAGUUUAAACUCCAAGGCAGCAUCUUGGAUUUAAAGGCCAUCAAAACGUUGGAAAGCCCCGAUCUCGAUUAUCUCAUUGUAUCUACGAAAUAUGCUAAAUUCUCCAUCGUGAAAUGGAACCAUCUCCUGCAUGACAUUUCGACGGUGUCCUUGCAUUAUUACGAAAACUGUAUUCAGAACUCAACAAUUGAAGAGUUGGGGUACUCGGAACUACUCGUAGAGCCGACUCACAACUCAGUUACAUGUCUUCGAUAUAAGAAUCUUUUGUGUUUUUUACCUUUGGAGGGAUUAGAUGACGACGACGACGACGAUGAUGAUGAUGAUGAGGAGGAAGACGAAGAGGAAAAGAAUGGUAAAAAAACGGACCAUGGCAAAGCCAAUGGGAGAAAUGCCAAGAGGAAUGAAGAAGAGAACGGCACUGUGCUUGGACUGCGCCAGUUUUUCGAUUCGAGCUUCAUUUUGGAUGCGGGAGUGUUGGACCCCUCCAUCGACACCUUGAUUGAUAUGCAAUUUUUACACAACUACCGAGAACCCACAGUUGCCAUACUAUCACACCGAGCCCAUGCGUGGGCAGGCAAUUUGAUUCAACGAAAAGAUAACAUCCAGCUCGAAGUGAUGGCCUUGGACUUGGUGCUGAAAACAUCGUCAUCCGUUUACCGAAUCGAGAAUUUGCCUUAUGAAGUGGAGCGAGUUGUUCCCUUGCCCUUGCCGUUAAAUGGCUGCUUGUUGAUUGGAUGCAACGAGGUGAUGCACGUCGACAAUGGCGGAAUCAUCAAGCGUAUAUCCGUCAAUCCAUUCACGGCACUCACAACUGCGUCGGUUAAAAGUUAUCAGGAUCAAAGUGACCUCAGUUUGAAACUUGAAAACUGCAGUGUGAUACCUAUUCCAGAUGAUCAUCGGGUGUUGAUAAUAUCGGAGCAGGGCCUGUUUUACUUUGUCAAUUUCGAGUUGGAUGGCAAAUCCAUCAAGCGAAUCUUUAUCGAAACGGUGGAUCCAAAGAUGUACAACGAUAUCAAACUCACACUACCGGGCGAAGUGGCUGUUUUGGACAAAAACUUGCUUUUCAUGUCCAAUCUCAACGGAGACAGCUCCUUGGUCGAGGUCAAGUACCGAGAUUCUUCUCUGAAAGUGGUUGAGGCAGAGCAAGACAACGAAGAGCAGGGGGAACUGGGCGAAGCGGGCGAAGACUCGGAUGAGGACGAUUUGUAUAAGGAAGAAGAAGAAGAAGAACAACAAAAAGUCUUGAGCAAAUCCCACAUUGAAUUUGUACUUCAAGAUACGCUUGUCAAUAACAGUCCAAUUUCUUCUUUUACUCUUGGCUUGUGCUCUCGCGAAAAAUUCAAAUCCAACUUGCCCAAUCCAAGCUAUAAUGAGGUUUCAAUAAUUACAAAUGCCGGCUCGCACGAGCAGUCCAAGAUCAACAUCAUUACUCCAACGAUUCAACCAAACAUUUCAUCCUCAUUGACUUUUUCCCAAGUUAAUCGGAUGUGGAACUUGAACCAAAAGUAUUUGAUAACCUCCGAUGAUGUCAAUCUCAAGUCUGAAAUUUUCCAAAUCGAGAAAUCGUAUGCCAGGAUGAAAUCAAAAGAUUUCAUCAAUGACGAGUUGACAAUCAACAUGCACGAGUUGAACAAUGGCAAGUAUAUUUUGCAGAUAACACCAAAGCAAAUUGCAUUAUAUGAUAACAAGUUUAAAAAACGAUUAUCAUUGAAUGAUGAACUAAAAGGUGAUGAAGUCUUAAGCAGUACUCUACGUGACGAAUUGUUGAUGAUCUUUUUGGCUAGCGGUGAUGUCAGAAUCUUUUCCAUCAACACCUAUAACGAAACAUACGCCGAGGUUAGCAUUCCCAAAAUUUUGGACGACACCAUCAUAACGACUGGGUAUAUUGCCAGCUCGCAUUUGUUGAAUGCGGUGCUGAAGAAUGUCGAGUUGUUGAUCAAUCCCAAAAAGAGACGACUUGGCUCAGUCACCACCAUUAGUACUCCAGUGGCUGAGGCACCCAAACAGGCCAAGCAGAAAAUAUUUGUGCUUGUUACUGGUGACAAUAGAAUCGUGGCAUUCAACAGACACCAUAAUGAAAAAUGUUUCCAAUUAAACCACGUCAGCAAGUUUACCGAUUUACUCAACUUGAGUUUUUUCAACAUUGAGCAACAACCGCCAGACCCAUUCAUUAAGCAAGUGAUUCUCAAUGAAAUCGGUGACAAGGACCACAAAGAAGAGUACUUGACGAUUUUAACAAUCAGCGGUGAAGUUUUCAUGUACAAGUUAUUCUUUGAUGGCGAAAACUAUGUCCUCAAAAAGGAUCACGAUUUGAAGCUCACAGGUGCGCCAGAAAAUGCAUUUUCAGUGGGCACCUCUGUUGAGAGACGACUAGUGUAUUUCCCCAAUUUGAACGGUUACACUUGUAUUUUCCUCACUGGAGUGAUCCCUUUCCUCAUUAUGAAGUGUUCGCAUUCGAUCCCCAGGAUUUUCCAGUUCUCCAAAGUGCCUGCAGUGUCGAUUUCGGCGUUUUCUGAUUCCAAGAUUAAAAAUGGGUUGAUUUUCCUCGAUAACGACAAGAAUGCUCGUAUUUGCGAAUUGUCACUCGAGUACAAUUACGAAUUCAAUCUCCCUAUUAAACGCGUGCACAUUGGAGAGCUGAUCAAGUCGUUGGCCUAUCAUGAGCAAUCGGACACAUUGGUGGCUUCAACCUACAAGGAGAUACCGUAUGAUUGUGUAGAUGAAGAAGGAGAAGUGAUUGCCAAUGUCCAUAGAGAUAAACCACCAGCGCAAUCAUUCAAGGGUUCAAUCAAAUUGAUAUCAACACUCAAUUGGAAGGUUAUCGACUCGUUUGAUCUACAUGAUAAUGAAAUUGGAAUGACGAUCAAAUCAAUGGUGCUCGACGUUGGACUGGGCAGUGCAGGCAUAAACAAGAAAUUCAAAAUCAAACGUGAGUAUAUCGUUAUUGGCACAGGUAAAAUCCGGAUGGAAGAUCUUGCCGCUAAUGGAUCAUUCAAGAUUUAUGAAAUCAUUGAUAUUAUCCCAGAACCGGGUAAGCCUGAAACCAAUCACAAAUUCAAGGAAGUGUUUCAAGAAGAGUCGCGCGGUGCCGUCACGGCGAUUUGCGAUUUGAGCGGGAGACUAGUUGUUGGACAGGGCCAAAAAGUAAUUGUUCGGGAUAUUGAAGAUGACGGGGUUGUCCCCGUUGCAUUUUUGGACACUUCGGUUUACAUUUCCGAGGCAAAGAGCUUUGGCAACUUGAUGCUCUUGGGCGACCCGCUCAAGAGCAUCUGGCUAGUUGGAUUUGAAGCUGAGCCGUUUCGGGUGGUGAUGCUCGGCAAAGAUCGUCAGCAUCUCGACGUUGAACAUGCUGAUUUCAUAGUCAAGAAUGAAGAAAUCUAUAUCCUCGUGGCUGACAACAACAACUGCCUACACAUCUUGCAGUACGACCCCGACGAUCCCAAGUCCAUCAAUGGCACAAUCUUGCUCAACAAGGCGUCUUUUGAAACGCACGCGGCGACAACGUGUCUCCGAACAGUGCCAAAGGGCGAAACGGGCAACUACCAAAUCUUUGGAUCAAUGAUUGAUGGGUCCAUGUAUAACAUGUUCCCCGUUAACGAAUUGACGUAUCGAAGAUUGUACAUCUUGCAACAACAAGUAUCAGACAAACAGUACCAUUUCUGUGGCCUCAACCCUAGACUCAACCGAUUUGGUGGAGCAUUGACUAUCCACGACAGUGAAACCAACACCAAGCCAAUCUUGGACUACAAUUUGAUCAAAGAGUUUGCCAAGUUGAAUCUUGAUAGACAACAAACGUUGGCACACAAGAUCAGCAAUAAAGGUGUCACGCUGGAACUCUGGAAAGAUAUAAUCGAAUGUGAAUACUCUUUAGAAGAUCUAUAG